GUCGGUGUCAUGCAGUGACGUGACGCAUUCAAAGCGACAAGAGCCAUAGAUAGCGCCUCCCCCCACCUAACAGCUAUUGUGACUUCGACUCUUAACAGAGGUGGUGGGGCCUUUGAGGCUCUCUCUUUUUACUUUGACUACACACUUUUAUCGUGUUUGCGGCAUAUGUAAUUCUUAAAGCAUACUUUGUGGAGCUCAAUAGCAGCAAGCCACUAUGAAAUCCUUGACCUGAGCCAAUGCCAUCGCUGAACACUUUAACAAACUCAGCAAGUCAUAGCAAUGGCGGCGAGACAAGUUCAUGUAACACCAGCGACAACAACAAUAACAAAAAGAGCUAUAAUGCAACAACAAUAACAAUGACAAAUGCGAAAACAAAUACUUCGUGUUGCACUUAAGAGAAACGAAUAAAGAAUCAUCAAUGUCUAAACUACAGUUAUUCUAUGAAAAACGACGAUUUCCUGCGCAAAUAUUAUCCUGCAGCAGAAGAAAAUUUCGCACAUUUCUAUGCAAAUGGAUGCGCGUACGUGGCGGCGUUGCGGUUGCUGGAUUUGUUGUGGAAAAUUUGAGGCACACAGGGCUUACAUAAAAAAAAAUAACAGCAAAUUAAAUGCAAUACAAACAGCAAAAGCCACUAUAACAACAACAACAACAACAACAACAGCAACGGCAACCCAGCAGUUAGCGUUUACGCUAAAAACAAAAGCGCACAGCAACCACAACAACAGCGCAGCAGCUGUGCGUGUAAUAAGUUUAGCAUACCAACAACGAAAAGCGGCGGGGAGAUUGGCGUGUCAAAGGAAGAAUAAGUGGCCACAAACACAGCUGACUUUUGCGGCAGCAACCGGAAGCUGUAACCAUAGCCGGAUCAACGUUAACCGAUCCCACCUGACAAGCGUUCGUUUCACUUUAACUCUGAUUUCCUAUGCUAAUGUUGCGCUUGUUAUUUUUGCCCUAACGGAGUUACCCUUUGCUGGCAGCUAUAAUCCGAACGUGGUAGUAGCUUUUGCGGCAACAGCAGCAGCAGGAGCAACCAUUCAACAAACUCAAACGCAUCUACCAGCAGCCAAUUUUUUAGAAUUUGUUGUUGGAAGCGAACAUUUGCCACAGCAGCUCGCACCGUUAACAACAAUGGGCUCCUGUUUCGGGCGUUGUAUGGCAAAGGAUGCACUUGGCGGCGGCGGCGGCGGCAGCGGCAGCGGCAGCUCGACCAGCACCACCACCGCAACAUCCUGUUUGUGGCGUCAACAACGUGCAACAGAUGAACAAGAAGCGGAACUCGUAUCGAAUGCGAGCGACAAAUGCCCGAGAGAGAAUUUCAUAUAUCGAAUUAUAAAGUUUAAAACGAAGCAAAAACGGCCACAGUUUAUCGACAAAUUCUGGGAACAGCAAGACAUGCAAUACACAAAGCUAUCCAGUAGAAAUGGAACUCAGAGUGGCCAUUCUGACAUACAGCUUCAGAAUCUGGACGUUAACAAUUUACUCAGCAACGCUCUUUUGGCCAAGGAAUCGGCGCUCAACUAUUGCUUGUCUGAAGCGCAGUACGCAGCAGCCAGCUCACGUGCCAGUUCUUCACUCGACCUCGAAUGGGAGCAUGAGUACGGUCAUAUGCGUCAACUAUACCAACACUCGCACAACACGCACCGCAGCACCCAAUCUUUGCUACUUACCGCCCACAAUGGUGGCAGUAACAACAACCUCGCACAAUACACAAAUUCCAACACCACGCCAGUACAUCAGGCGUACAUCCUCAACAACAACUCCAACACGCUCAGCACUGCUAAAAGCAACGCCACCUAUGACAAUCACCCGCUACAUGUACACCUAAUGGACGACUCAUGGCAAUAUUUGAGCAACGAUGAGGAUCAACUCAAUUCAUUGGCUUCGUACUCACAAUCUCAAUCACUACCCCAUGCGCCGCUAAAUGCUGCAGCUGCAUCAGUGGCAGCUGCCAGAUCAGCUGAACGCUGCGAGCUACGCAUGCGUGGGCGCUACGCUCGCCAACCACCAAUCAACGAACAGCGUAACAGUUCCUUUACACGCACUUCUUCCUCGCACAAUUCUUGGUCGCACAUAUCUACGCCUGAAUCGCUCGAAUGGGAUCAGGAUGAGGAGCAGCAGCGGCAGUUACGUGUGGAAGAUGAUAAUUUGGAUCACGAAACGUUGGAGCUGUUGCAUCAAAUUGAACAGUUGAAGAAUCGUGUGCUAGACGAAACAGGUGAUGGACUCUUCGAUGAUGGUAUGAUGGGCGCUGAGUCCGGAGCGGAUGUCAGUGAGGGUAUACACUUUGCGGUGGGUGGGCAGCGGUUCGCGGAGAAUGGACGUAAAGACAACAGUUGAUUUGAAUUAGCGCUGAAACGCAUGCGAAGUGUUUAAGGCAAAAGUUAAGGUGGGGGAUGAGGAUGAGAAUAAAUAUCAAUUAAUUAUGGGAAAAUACUGUAUAAUCAAGUGCCUAGACUAAAGUAUCAUUAUGUAGCAUAAAUAAUGUUUAAUUAAAGUUACUGGUAAUGUUAGACUCAAAGUUAGUAUAGAAAAAGUCAUGGCGAAAAAGUGUGGAGAUGACAGAAGUCGCAAGCGUUUCCUUU